CGUCUCUUUUGGACUUGGAGGGUUUUAAAUUUGUUUAGUUCAUUACUUUCUUCUUCUUCUGGUCUCAGCUUCUUGGAAGUAUCGCAGCAAUGGCAACAGUGACAACAGCCUCACACUUUGUUUCAAGAAGUGCUCAUGUCACCAGCCAUGGGGCAGACAACAAUUUGAUUAGCAUGAAGAAUAAAGCCGCCAUUUCUCACAAUGGCCUGAGGUUUUUGAACAAGCUGGACAGGUUGCAGAUGAGAAGCAAAACAAAGGCUGUUGUCAGGCAAGCUGUGAAGGAGGGAAACCCCACGGCGGUUGCCGGGAAAAUUAUUUGCAGUAAAGGGAUGAACUUAGUCUUUGUGGGAGCUGAGUGUGGUCCAUGGAGCAAAACUGGUGGACUCGGUGAUGUCCUUGGUGGACUUCCUCCAGCAAUGGCUGCCAAUGGACAUCGAGUUAUGACAGUGUCUCCUCGAUAUGAUCAGUACAUGGAUGCAUGGGACACCAGUGUCGUAAGCGAUUUAAAAGUCGGCGAGAAAAUCGAAACUGUUCGGUUCUUCCACUGUUACAAACGUGGAGUUGAUCGUAUCUUUGUUGAUCACCCGAUGUUCCUUGAGAAGGUAUGGGGCAAAACUGGAUCAAAAAUCUAUGGCCCUAAUGCAGGUGUGGACUACAAAGACAAUCAAUUGCGGUUUAGCUUGUUAUGCCAGGCUGCUCUGGAGGCACCCAGGGUUCUGAAUUUAAACAGCAACAAAUAUUUUUCAGGACCAUAUGGGGAAGAUGUUAUCUUUAUAGCCAAUGAUUGGCACACUGGUCUGCUUCCAUGUUAUUUGAAAAGCAUGUACCAGUCAACGGGUAUCUACAUGAAUGCCAAGGUUGCAUUUUGCAUCCACAACAUAUCUUAUCAGGGAAGAUUUCAGUUUUCCAAUUUCGCGGUUCUCAAUUUGCCUGAUCGGUUCAAGUGUUCGUUCGACUUCUUGGAUGGGUAUACCAAACCUAUCAAGGGAAGGAAAAUUAAUUGGAUGAAGGCUGGAAUCCUGGAAUCAGAUAAGGUCUUGACAGUAAGCCCUUACUAUGCCCAGGAGCUUAUAUCGGGAGAAGACAAAGGGGUCGAACUCGAUAACAUCAUCCGUAAAACCGGCAUCACCGGCAUUGUGAAUGGCAUGGAUGUUCAAGAAUGGAACCCUGCCACUGACAACUACAUCAGUGUCAAAUAUGAUGCAACAACUGUAAUGGAUGCAAAGCCUUUACUGAAGGAAACUCUCCAAGCAGAAAUGGGUUUGCCCUGUGACAGAGAUGUUCCGGUGAUUGGCUUCAUCGGUAGGCUAGAAGAGCAGAAGGGUUCGGACAUUUUGGUGGCAGCUAUUCCGAAAUUCAUCAGCGAAAAUUGCCAGAUUGUAAUCCUUGGAACUGGCAAAAAGGCCAUGGAAGAACAGAUUAUGAAGUUAGAGACUCAGUAUCCUGGCAAGGCUAGAGGAAUAGCCAAAUUCAAUGUCCCACUGGCCCAUACGAUCAUUGCCAGUGCCGAUUUCAUCUUGAUCCCCAGCAGAUUUGAACCAUGUGGUCUUAUCCAGCUGCAUGCUAUGCGAUAUGGAACCGUGCCAAUAGUUGCCUCGACCGGUGGACUCGUUGACACUGUGAAGGAAGGAUUCACAGGGUUUCAAAUGGGAGCAUUCAAUGUUGAAUGUUUUCGCAUGCAGUGGAUCCAAAAGACUUGGAUAAGGUGGCAAAGACUGUCAAGGAAGCUCUUGCAACAUAUGGAACUCAAACCAUGACGGAAAUGAUCCAAAACUGUAUGGCACAAGAUCUUUCAUGGAAGGGACCAGCAAAGACGUGGGAGAAGUUGUUGUUGAGCCUAGGGGUCCCCGGUGCCGAACCUGGCGAUGAAGGAGAGGAGAUUGCUCCUCUUGCCAAGGAAAACGUGGCCACUCCGUGAACGUGCAACUCCGUCUAAAUAAUUCCGAGUUUUUAAGACCGGGCAGCCAUUAGCUAUGCUUGAAGGGUGAAAAUGUUGGCAGGUUUUGUAUGCUGGAAGACAUUAGGCAAUAGGUGUUUUCAUGUUUGAAUGCAUUACUUGAAUGUAGACAUUUCCGUCGUGUUUUCAUGGGGGAUAAUAACGUGUUUAAACACAAUGGCUCACAUUUAUUGUGGUUGCAAAGGAGGAAUUGAGUUUGCUCACCA